UCCUUUGCCAGUUCUAAAUAUGGCAACACUGGGGCCCAUGUGCAACACGUCAAUCUUGAACUACGCAAACCUGUCCGAUGAAAUAACCAAUAUUUCCCAUCACCUGAAUGAAAGCUCGCAGGUCGACGAAAACAGCACGGAGAUCCUGGCCGUAAUAUACCUCGUUGUGUUCGUCGUGGGUUUGACAGGAAACUCUCUGGCCAUUUUCGUGGUCCUGCGCUACACCAAAAUGAAGACGGUCACUAACAUGUACAUCUUAAACCUGGCAGUGGCUGACGAGCUGUACAUUCUGGGACUGCCAUUUCUCACCACCCACAACGUGCUCAGCUACUGGCCGUUUGGAAACUUCCUCUGCCGUAUUCUGAUGUGGGCGGACUCCAUCAGUCAAUUCACUAGCACAUUCUGUCUGACAGUAAUGAGCAUUGAUCGCUAUAUGGCCGUGGUACAUCCUAUCCGCAGUGCAAGGUGGAGGCGACCCAGUGUUGCCAAGGUGAUAAAUAGCAUGGUAUGGGCACUGUCCUGUCUGCUGACACUGCCAGUCAUCAUUUACUGUGACGUUCAGCCGGAGCUCAACACCUGCAACCUGAGCUGGCCUGAACCACAUGAUGUGUGGUCGACUGCCUUCAUCCUCUACACCGCCAUACUAGGUUUCUUCUGUCCGCUGAUGGUCAUCUGCCUGUGUUACCUGCUCAUCGUGAUCAAGGUGAAGUCGGCCGGGGCGCGGGCCGGACUCUCCAAGCGCCGCAGGUCCGAGAAGAAAGUGACGAGGAUGGUGGUGAUCAUCGUGGUGGUGUUCGUACUCUGCUGGCUGCCGUUUUUCAUGCUCAACAUCAUCAACGUGAUCAGCACGCUCCCGGAGAACGGCGUCGUCACCGGCGUGUACUUUCUCACCGUCAUCCUGACCUACGUCAACAGCUGCGCCAAUCCGCUGCUCUACGGGUUUCUGUCGGACAACUUCAAGAGGAGCUUCCAGAAAGUGCUGUGCAUCCACAGAGUCAACGGGGUCAGCGACGGACUCCCUAGUCGCGCACGCCUGAGCAGGAACCAUCAUAAUGAGCCCUUCAUCCCUCCAAGGAGCUUCGACCUAAACGAACAUGUCCAGAGCUAUCAAUCCAUUGGUUUGGAGGCCGACCCCUGUGCCAAAACAGAAAUCCAGCGACCUGGACCACAUGUGAUCAGCCAGUCCAUUUAAAUGUUCUGUGGCAGGAAAGUUGGAUGGAUUUUACACACAUAAAUGCUUUCUGUUCUGUUCAAGUAUGUCGUCUAAGUGAAGUCAUUCCUGCAAACAAACACUCUCUGGUGCACAAAGACAAUGUGUUUCCAUAUGAAUAUAAUUCUUCUGUGAGAAGAAAUCAGUGAUGUUAUAUGUGACUGUAAAAAUCAGUGAUGUUAUAUGUGACUGUAAAUAUGUAUUAUAAUGGCAAAUGGCUCAUCAUUUUGUUCAGCAUGAAUGAAUGAAACUGGGAAUCUGUUCGUCCACGACCUUUGGACCAAUUUGGACGUUUAAGAGAGGAAGUGCCUUCUGCUGUUACAUUUUGAUGGAUCAUUGAUAAUUUGGUGGCGGUUCUG